AGCGCCGUCGGCAAUCCCGCGUGAGUGGGUUAACGAGACUACUUCCAGGUGAAAAACCCGAUUCUUGGAGUCUGGCUGACUUGACGUCUUCCCCAUGGGCAAACGUGGGAGUCGGAGCCAGAGCCAGCUGCUCAACUCCCUAACUAAAAAGCAGAAGAAGCAUCUGAGGGAUUUUGGCGAGGAGCAUCCCUUCUAUGACAGGGUUUCCGGAAAGGAAGCAAAACCACAGACUUGUCAACUGUCAGAGAGUUUAGAUACUUCAAGUUCUGAAAGUGAAGCAGAGAGUGAACCAGAACAAGUUUCUGGUUACAGCAGACUACUUGCCACAUUAAAGGAUGUUUCCAAGGAAGAUGAGGAGGAGGAAGAGGAAGAAGACAGUGUUAUAGAUGAGACAGAAAUGAAUCUUGAAGAUGGCGAUAGUGACAUCAGUGUGGAGGAGGAGACGGCAGUAGAGUCUACUACUGACAUACAGAAGAAUGCGGCCUUACCUGCUGACCCUAAGGGAAAAGAUGGGCACGGGCUACCUGGAACAUCAGAGGAAUCCCCAGAGGAGUUUACAGAUGCAAAACAUGAGUCACUCUUCAGUCUAGAAACCAAUUUUCUCGAAGAGGAAAGAGGAGGCCACUGUUCUCUGAAAGCAUCACAAGAUCCAUUUGCACAACAUGUAAACAAAGAACUGAAAGAAAAAGAAAUCCAGGCUGUUGCCACAAAUCCCAAAACUACCCACCAGCUAAAAUGGCCCAUCCUGGGCCAGCUUGUCUUUUCAUCCAGGUUUCAAAAGUUGGAAACCUUUAAACCCCCAAAGGACAUUGACUUAAAGUCACUUCAUCUCCAGAAACCUCUGGAAUCCACCUGGAUCAAGACCAACAGCCAGUUCCUCUCUGGUCCCUCAAAUUCAAGUAGCCCCUUCACACCCCUCCAGAAAGAGCUCUUCUUAAUUAUGAAUUCUUACCGGGACCUGUUCUACCCAGAAAGGACUUCCCUGAAGAAUGGGGAAGAGAUCCGCCACGUGUACUGCCUGCAUGUGAUAAAUCACGUCCUCAAAGCCAAUGCCCAGGUGCUUGCCAACAACAGCAGAUGCCGAAGCCAGAAACUUGGGGUGGGUGAUGAUGAUGACUUCAGGGACCAAGGGCUAACGAGGCCCAAGGUGCUGAUAGUGGUACCAUUCCGGGAAGCUGCUUUGCGGGUGGUACAGCUCUUCAUCAGUCUUCUUGAGGGCGACAGCAAGAAGAAAAUAAUUGUAAGCAACAAAAAGAGGUUUAAUGGAGAGUAUGGCUCAGAUCCUGAGGAGAGACCACCCAACCUGAAGAGGCCUGAGGAUUAUGAAGCUGUAUUUGUCGGCAACAUCGAUGACCACUUCAGGACUGGAGUGGCAAUACUGCAGAGAAGCAUCCGACUUUAUGCCCCCUUCUAUUCGUCAGACAUCCUCAUUGCCUCCCCUCUGGGCUUGAGGACCAUCAUUGGUGGAGAAGGAGAGAAGAAGAGAGAUUUUGACUUUCUGUCUUCUAUUGAGCUUCUCAUCAUUGAUCAAGCUGACAUUUACCUGAUGCAGAACUGGGAGCAUGUCUUGCAUUUGAUGAACCACAUGAACCUACUGCCCUUGGACUCACAUGGGGUGGACUUUUCUCGAGUGCGCAUGUGGAGCCUCAAUAAUUGGUCCAAGUACUAUCGUCAGACACUGCUGUUUGGGGCCCUGCAGGAUGCCCAGAUCAACUCUGUGUUCAACAAGUACUGCGUCAAUGUUCAAGGCCAGGUGGCUGUGAGGAACGUCCCGAUAACAGGCUCCAUCAGUCAUGUCCUGGUGCAACUCCCACAUGUCUUCCAGAGGAUGGAAGCUGAAAACCUAGCUUCAGUGAUUGAUGCCAGUCAGGGGACCCAUGGUAGCAGAAUGGUGCUUAACACAUGGUUUAACUUUUUCGUCAACAAGAUUUUGCCUCAGUAUCGUGAUGCAGUCAUGUCUCACACGCUUAUCUAUGUCCCCUCCUACUUUGACUUUGUGCGUCUCCGAAAUUACUUCAAGAAGGAGGAACUGAACUUCACUCAUAUCUGCGAGUACACCCAGAAGUCUGGUGUCUCCAGGGCCAGACACUUCUUCCUUCAAGGAGAGAAGCAGUUCCUGCUCCUCACAGAGCGCUUCCAUUUCUACAAAAGAUACACAAUAAAAGGCAUCAGGAACCUGAUUUUCUACGAACUGCCCACAUAUCCCCACUUCUACAGUGAAGUCUGUAACAUGCUGCAAGCCACCACCAGAGGAGAGGAAGCUGCCUGGACCUGCACUGUCCUCUACUCCAAGUACGAUGCCCAGAGGUUGGCUGCUGUGGUCGGGGUGGAGCGAGCUGCGCAGAUGCUGCAGUCCAAGAAGAACGUCCACCUCUUCAUUACUGGAGAGAGAUGAGAAUUGGUUGGACAGGAAAUGGUGUUUGGUGUGAUAUAUCAUGCUUGAUUCUGUGUCACUUGGACGUGAUUCUGAUCACUUACACAAAGAAGGGCCGCAACAAGGAAGGCGCACCAGGCAGGUUCUUAUCAGAUACUUCUUUCUUUUCAGAUCAUAUAUACCUGAAAAGUUCAGUGUAAACCAGAUUUUGGUAAACCCAUCCUUCAGAGGUCAGGGGAGAGCUCAUGGGACUCUGAGAAGUUGACAGAAGGAAUCUUCUACUUGUGAAUUUUUUUGCACGCCAUAAAUUCUUUUAUUGUGAUUUCACCUCUAAUUUAUUACACUUGGUAAAUUCUUUCAGAUUUGCC